AUGGCGACCAUUGAAAUAAGAUCAGUGAUAAAGCAUUUAGUUGUGCAGCAAAAAAAGUUAUCUGAAAUAUAUCAAGAACUUGUUGAUACAUAUGGUCAAGAUGCACACAGCUAUAGUGUUACUAAAUACUGGGCAAACGAGUGGAAGUGCGGACGGGAAACGGCUGCAAAUGUACCAAGUCUUGGCAGACCCAUGGAAAUUGAUUAUUCAACUGUAACCCCCAUUAUUAAGAAACAGAUGCAAGAGGACCGCCGGAUUUCAAUUUCAAGGUUAGCAGACGAAUACAAUCUAUCCCUUACGACUCUGUUCAGAAUCAUAAGAAACGAUAUUGAGCUCAAAAAAUUGACUACAAAAUGGAUUCCACAUGUUUUGUCUGAGGCUAACAAAGCAAAACGUAAAGCGUGUUGUGAGGCUGCGCUUUCUUUGUAUAACAAGCAACCGAAUGCUUUUUUGAAGUCUAUUUUGACUAUGGAUGAGACUUGGGUCUACACUUAUGACCCUGAGACUGUGCAAGAAGCUAUGGAAUGGGUAAAAAGCAAAGAAGAAGUCUCCCAAAGACCAAGACUGAACCGUAAUGUCGCUUAA